AUGGAGCCAUCUUCUUCUUACCGGUUAGAUAUAUUAAAUCAAUUAGAUGCUCGAGAGCAGCAGCAAAAGCCAAUUCAAACAAUGUUUCGGCAUUAUGCAACUAUGGCUGAACAAGUGAAAAGGAAUAAGAAAAUGCAAUCGGUCAGUGGUGCUGAUCAAAUUGCCGCACUCAAGGAAGAAGUUGCAACUGUUUAUCGUAUGAAGAAUAAGAAUGAUCAAGAUUUAAUCAAUUCCAAUCGAAAGUUUGCCGAUCUCGAAUCGAAAUAUGCUCAAAUGCAGUCACAAAAAGAACAAGCUGAUAAACUGGCCGAAAAGCUUGCUGAAAACAUUGAAAGAUUGGAAAAUGAUAUGGUACAAUUGAAAGAUGAUAAUAAUGUGGUUACAGUUGAACGAGUUGCAUUAGCCAAUGCUUGUCAAGAAUUAUCGGAGAAAAAAACACAAUUAGAGAUGGAACGGGUACAAUUAAUCGAUAAAAUACGGGAAUUACAAGAGAAAAGAGCCGAAUUUAUGAAUGCUGAAAUUGCUUUACAAGAAGAACGAGCUCAAAAAUUACUAAUGGAACAAAUAGCAAAAGCAGCACAGGUUUAAUAUUUUUCCAAGUAAUUCUGAAUUUCAUGUUAUUUAUUUUUAGGAUAUAAGCUAUGACGAAAGAGCGAGCUCUGCAUUUGGCAAUUCUCCCGAAACAUCGGAUGAAUUUAUGAUGACUGAUGUUAUUCCAAACACCCAGAAAUUUCGAAUAUCAGCUCACGAUGGAGAUGUUAAUGAUAUUGAGUGGUUCACAGAAGAUACAUUUGCUACAGCUGGAAAUGAUAAUAAAGUUCGGAUUUGGAGUUUGACUCCGAAUAAAUCUGGAGCUACAAAAAUAGCUUCACUAAUUGGAAGUAAUGGAUCUGUAACUCGAUUAGAUUAUGAACCAGAAAGAAGAGUUUGUCUAGCUGCAAGCAAUGAUAAAACUUGUCGACUUUGGAAUGUUGAUAGUCAAAGACUUCUUGCAACUUUCAGUGGACACACUGAUAAAGUAUCUUCUGCACGUCUUCAUCAAACACAUAAUGUUGUUUCUGGUUCAUCUGAUAGAACUAUUAAAUUAUGGGAUGUUGCUAGUUUGCGUUGUUUGAAGACUUGCAUGGUUGGUUCGAUUGUUUAUGAUAUUAUUGCGAAAUGUGGAGGCUGUCAUUCUUCAUUUGCUUCUGGUCAUUUCGAUAAAAAACUGCGGUUUUGGGAUUCUCGACAAAAUGAUCCUACAAAAAUUCUGGAACUUGAUCAAAAAAUAACAUCGUUGGAUAUUGCAAUUGAUGGAUCUCAUUUACUUGCAUCCUGUCGGGAUGAUACACUUCAUGUGAUCGAUAUUCGAACAUAUUUCACAGUUCACACAUAUUCAGCGGAGAAUUAUCGAACAGCUUGUGAUAAUAAUCGUGCGAUAUUUUCGUCAACUGGUGAUUAUAUUGCAUCUGGAGCAGCUAAUGGUUCAAUUUUCAUAUGGAAUACGAAAACAACAAGAUUGGAAAAAGUUCUGCGAGCACCAAGAGCACCUGAGUGAGUUUGAUUUCAAAAAUCCAGUAACCUUCUCAAGAAUAAUUUUUUUUUUCUAAUUUUUUCAUCUGGAAAAAAAUUUGACCCCGUUUUUCCUAUCCUCAGAUGUUUAAAAAUCUUAUUUUUCUGAAAAUUCAAAAAUCCUAAAAUUUAUUGAUUCUCAGGAAUUUAUAGCAAAUUUUAGAAAAAUCUGAAAACAAAAUUUGAAAAAAAAAUUUUUAACAAUUAAAAUUUGUACAGUUUCGAAAUUUCUAAUCAAAUUUUUAUUUAUUAAAAAAAUAUUUUUAAAUUAAACAAAGCCAUUUUCAAAAAAAAGAUCUUUAUAUUUUUCAAUAGAUUUUUUUCUAUUCAAAAAUAUUAUGGGGCUAUUCAAGUAUUUUCUCAACACGCUGAGAAAACAGGAGAAAUGCGGAGAAAAUACAUUUUCUUCACUUUUUUCGUAUUUUCUCAGCCUACCUGAAUAGGUUUUCUCCUGUUAUCUCAGCGCUGUGAAAAUAACUUGAAUAGCCCCAUUAUAAUUCUCUAGUCUUGUCUAUUUGCGAAUUAAUCUAGUCUCAUUAUUUUUUCAGCGGAAACUCAAUUCUUUCGUUGUCAUGGAAUCAAUCUGGCCGUGGACUUUUGGCUUGUGAUAAGCAAAAAACUUGCUCACUCUGGAGAUAG